UAUGAUAAUUUGGAAAAAACUCGAAAGUGCCUCUUUUUUUUUCUUGUUGAGCACGGUUCUUCAGCGUAGCAACUACCACCAUUCUGGAUCCUUCACUUACGUUUUUGUUAUUGUGGAAGUCGGGGUGGCCAAUGCUUCGAUCUUUCUUUAAUUUCCGCAAGGUGUUGAAGAAGGAAUCCCAGACCACCAUCAAACUCACCUGGAAAACGCACCAUUUCUGGCUCAGUUUUAGCGAAUUCGCCCAUGGUUUAGAUGAAGCGCUUGUCAAAGAUCUCAAAGAAAAAUGCAAAGAGAAAACCAAAGUUCCUAUUGCUACCAUGAAACUAUCUGUAUCAGGAGCCAAAAUCAAGGAUGACACAGCGACAUUGGCCAGUUGCGGCAUUCAUCCGGGAUGCGAAGUUAUUCUUGAAGGUGACACUGUCAACGAGGCCGACCUUCAACAAGUGGCUUCGGGUAGCGAUGAGGAAAUUGCGUUGUUAAGCCGUGUAAACGAUAUCAGCGAUCAGUUGAAUGGUCUUGUAAAAGAUAUUGAAGAGUUUGAGGCCGCUGUAGCACAGCCCAAAGUGCCGGUGGAUAAGAAAUAUCUGGAGGAUACAGGAAUCCGACUGUCCGAACUGUUGAUGCAAGCGUUAAUGAAACUGGAUGCCGUAGAAUGUCCCCCUGAAUUUACUACCGCCCGAGCACGGCGACGAGAAAACGUUAAACUUUCUCAAUCACUUAUGCAGCGAGUAGACGACGCAAAAGUCAUUGCCAAAAAACUUUGUAAAUAAAACGUUUCGCAUAUAGAACUCUCCCCACCUGAAGCUUCAUCAUGUUUCCUGCG